UUCUUCUUUUUUUUUUUGCUUAAUUCAAAGACGUUUCACCAUCAAUAAACCAACGCCACCGUCAUUGCCGGCGCGGCCGGCCUUCAGUAAAGUGGACGCCAAGCUUUACUUUGGAACAAAUCCAAAUCUUCACUUCUUUGUUAAUAACUAAACUUCACUUCUUUUUCCAACUAAUUAACAGCAGCACACUUCAAUUUGUGCAAGGUAAAAAACAUCAUUUAUUUAAUUAUUUUGAAAAUGGCACGACAUUUUGAAAAAUGAUCAAUAUAUAUAGAUAAUAAUACAAAAUCUUUGGAAAAUCAUCACACCAUUACUAACAACCGAUCCUAACGUCUGUUCUGCACUUAACACGUUUAUGUAUUACGAGUAUAUAAACACACACAAAUACAUCGAAAUUAUUGAACUGACAUUAACAAAAUUUAGUCUGGUUGGUUGGUCUUCAUAACCGAGAAACGUUAACUACCCGGGGGCGACGCAGAUCGGACAUGGAAAGCAGCAGCAGCGCGGAGGUGGGGGCGGGCCGCGGCCGCGUCCAGAUCGACACCGCGAAGCCAUUCCGGUCGGUGAAGGAGGCAGUCCUUUUGUUCGGCGAGAGGAUUUUGGGUCCUGAAAUUUAUGCCAAACAAGUCAAUACUCUUCAUCAGGUACAUACAGAAACAGUAAUUGGAGUUGGAGAAAAGCAAACAAGAUUGGGAGCGGUAAAAGCAGAGCUUGAAGAUGCAAAGAAAGGGCUUCAAAAGGCAAAAGAGGAAGAAUUGUUCAUGGCACAUUGUCUUCAAUCUCUUAGGGAAGAGCUUGAACAAACAAAAAGGGAAAUCCAGCAGCUCAAGGCGGCUGCAAAAGACGAGCACCACAACAAGCAACUAGCUUUCUUAGAUCCUGAGAUCGAAGAGCUCAAGUUCAUCGAGAAGGUGCUCCCGAAUCGUGAGGUCGACACUCGUCAUGACAAUGAGGAAGUGGAACUUUUUGAGAGAAAGAGGACAGUCAAGUUUGCUAGUCCUCCGUCGCUGACAAGGGUGAUCACUCCAACAGAUUAUUUUGUCACCGAAAGUGAUCCAGGGAAGACUAGUAGCCCUUCACAAGACAAGAAGAAGUUGAAGAGGAAGCAUCUGAUUCCUCUAAUGGGAGCAUUGUUUGCAAAGAAAAAGGAAAAUCAAUGAUUCAAUUCUGCUCAUGUAAAUCCCUGAAGAUGAAGGCCUUUUAGGUACUGUCCUCAUCAAAACAAAAAUGAAGUAAGAAAAUGUUGUGUUUCGUGUAAGAUCGAUGUUUAAUUCUGAAGAUUGACACCAUAUCAUUUUAGUUACAAGUUUUUUACCUAAGCAUGGUUCUCAGUGUUGUUCUGAUGUAUUCAGUGUUUGGAAGUAGUUCUUUUGAAUAUGUUGCAUAGUAGAUAAAAAUACUCCAACAAUAUAAUUAAACAUACUUAUUGUUGGAUGUAAUGUUGUAAGAGCAUUAGAUUGAGUCUUGUUGAAUUGAGUCUUGUAGAGUAUGACUAGUAGAAAUUUUCUUAGUUACGACAAUCCUCUUGGUACAUUUAAACACCUAAUAUUAAAAGUUAUGUAAAGCUUAACAA